GAUGCCCCCCAGACGUGCAGAGAAGCUUAUCUCCUCUUCCUUUGUGUUUGAACCUCCUCAGUCUGCUCUGGGACCGGGAACACAGGAGAGAAGCACCUCUGCCUGCCGCUCAUGUCUGUGGAAGUAGAACCAGACUUCUCCGGCGAUGAGGUGUUCAUCCGCCGGUUCCCCGUCCACCGAGCCUGUCGGGACGGGGACGUCGGGGCGCUGCUGUCACUGUCAAACCAGGCUCAUCUGACGGCUGAGGACUCCUGCUACGGAUGGACCCCCAUCCACUGGGCUGCUCACUAUGGACAGCUGGAGUGCGUGGUGCAGCUGGUGCAGAUGGGAUGUGAGGUGAACACGGUGACCAGCCGCUUCAACCAGACACCGACACACACUGCAGCGUUCGGAGGACAUCCUCACUGCGUGGUUUGGCUGACUCAGGCUGGAGCUGACGUCAACAAGCAGGACUUUGUAGGUGAGGCUCCCAUUCACAAGGCAGCUCGCUCAGGUAGUUUGGAGUGUGUCCAGGUUCUGUUGAUAGCAGGAGCGAAACCUCAACACUACAGGAUUUGCAGAGGUGUAGAAAUACUCCAGAUAUUUCAGCGUCCGUUCUCUUCCGAACCAGCUGAUGUGAAGAGGAUUCUUACAAAGCACCUGCAGCAGCUUGGCGGCCUCCAUGUGAACGGAGCGCAGAAUGGAGGCGGCGCCCCCUGUGGUCAGGGUCUGUUCAGCAGGAAGAGGCAGCUGAACGUCGCGGACGCUGGUCACAUGAAGAAAGCCAGGAGAGCUGAUGGUGUGUUGCACAUUCAGAGCAGUGCAGGUGAGGAGAUGGAGAGCAUGAACACUGAGUGUGCACAGGAGCUCAGCACAGACGACAGUGCCAAAACUGACAGACAUCAUCACAUCCUGCCUUCUGCUGCCCCGGUUCACCCAGAGCCGCCCGACAGCCGUCUCCCGCCGUCCUCCCCUCCAGUCCUUCACCAUCCGGCAGCUUCUCCUCAGCGGCCUUCAGCCGACAUGUGCGGCUCGCUGCAUCUGACCAGCAGCCCCACCAGCUGCGUGUCCCACCGGCCGGCGUGCUGGGGGAUGAUGGCAGCAGACUGUGUGGAUUCGCUGCGUUACGGACACUACCACGGCUUUGGGGACACAGCGGAGGAGGUGAGUGACAGCAGUCGCCAGGACAACGGCGGCAGCAGCAGCAGCAGCAGCAGCAGCAGCAUCCAAGCAGAGCACAGAUGCAAGCAGGCAGACCACUACCACGGCUCAUAAACACACACUGGUUUAGCCUCUGCAUCCUCUUGUACCCUCUGAAACCUGUUUUCUGUCACAUUUACUGCAACAUAAAGUCCUGGAAACAGCACAACCAUGAAGAAGGAGAGACAACUCGGAAAUAUCUUCUGUGCUGGAUGACACAAUCAGAAAAAAUGAAAGUUGAAUUUCUUUGUUUAUUUUACAAGAAUUUAAAAAAAAACCUGGAAUCAGCAUGUACAGUAAUUUUAGAAAGUGCCCACAGGUGUUACCAAAACUAAGGGACUCGACAUAGUAUAGAUAUUUACUUAUUUACUCGUUUCUAUAUUUGUCUCCCAGCUACCCCACGUAAACAGUUCUACUGAAUAAUCUCUGAAUUUUUGUAAACUGACUGUUCACAGAAUUUGCUUGGUGCAAACUUUUUAAUUAAUUUUUUUGAACCAAGCAGGCCUGCCUUACUGUAUGAUCCAAAUCUUCAGCAAAACUUGAUAUUUUCAGCGGUUGCUGUCGUUUUCUGUAGUGAAAAUGGUAACACAGAUGUAGUGGAAGAAGAGGGGAAAAAAUCAGAUUGUAAUCAGUCAGAACAUAAUGUUGCAUGUUGAAUGUGAUUUUUACUCUGUGUCCAGUUUAUAUGGAACGGUUCUGCACCUGUGUGACUGUCAGACACUUCCUACAAGGCCAGUGCUUCUAAUCUCCAUACACCCUGACACAGUGUUUCCUGCACUGCAUUUACUUCAUUGAUCUUUCCGUUCGGCUGGUUUGCACUAUAAAGGGCUGCCAGGUUGGCUGAUGUGUUCGUGGACAGGUGUGAGUCCUGUGAAUGUGGCCUGGAACAGCUGCUCUGAAACUGAAAGUCCCAGCCAGCCUUGAUCUACCAAAGGGAAUAUGUUAUCGGUUUGUGUGUUGUGUCACUUCUGUCUAAUUUGAAAUAUUUUAUUUAUGUUCUAGAGCAGGUGAAUGUCUUUAUUGAGAGCUGUGCUGUCAUUUUGUAAAGUGUACUAAGCUCCUAGGGAAUCUCUCUUGUUUUGUGGCAUACAGACCAUGUGCUGUCUCUCUCUGUAAACACUAUGUCAGCUGUGUGCCAAACUCUGCCUUACACCAACCAGGCACUGCUGCCUUCUGACAGCUACUUUUCUACUUUGGUUUUGCUUAAUAAAAACCUGUUUUACAUUUUUAUAAAA